CAUAAGCUCAGUAUUUCAGUGAGGCAUAGAAUGUCUCCAUGUUUUAAAUUAAAGCAUUUUGAUCCAGACCCAAAUGUAUAUCUCCAUGUAUUUAGGUACACUGACGUCAAUUACCAAUCUGGCAACAAGUCUUGCUCGGAAUAUGGAUAGGCUGUCAUUGGAUGAGGAGCAUUACAACAGACAAGAAGAAUGGAGAAGGCAGCUUCCAGAGAGCCUGGGAGAAGGACUGAGACAGGGGCUCUCUCGUUUGGGCAUUAGCCUUCUAGGUGCAAUUGCUGGGAUUGUGGAUCAGCCGAUGCAGAAUUUUCAGCGAGUGUCUGAGGCCCAAGCUUCAGCCGGGCACAAAGCCAGAGGGGUCAUCUCGGGUGUGGGGAAAGGAAUCAUGGGCGUCUUCACAAAGCCCAUCGGAGGGGCAGCUGAACUCGUCUCCCAGACAGGUUAUGGUAUUUUGCAUGGAGCUGGACUUUCUCAGCUUCCCAAGCAGCGCUCUCAUCCAAAUGAUCAACACGUUGAGCAGGCUCCAAAUAGCCACGUCAAAUAUGUCUGGAAAAUGCUGCAAUCUCUAGGAAGGCCAGAGGUCCAUAUGGCCUUAGACGUCAUGAUUGUGAGUGGAUCAGGCCAGCAGCAUGAAGGUUGCUUGCUGCUCACCUCAGAGGUCCUCUUUGUGGUCAGCAUCAGUGAAGACACACAGCAGCAGGCAUUCCCAGUGACUGAAAUCGACUGUCUGGAAGAUGAUCAGCAAAAAGACCUGCUGAAGGUGCAGCUAAAACAACAGAGAGUGCCUUCUGAUUUGGAGGCAGAUGGAGCUAGAGAGAGACUAUCAGAACAACAGUACAACCGCCUUGUGGAGUAUAUCACAAAGACAUCUUACCACCUCGCUACCAGCACCGCGACACCACCAGCAUUGCAAACUGUGGCUACCGAACACCUUCCAACUAUAAUGAAAACAUAUCAAUACAUAGUUGAUCCAAAUUUUGCCCAAGUAUUCAUUAGCAAAUUCACCAUGGUAAAAAAUAAAGCCUUGAGGAAAGGAUUUCAUUAGUAAUUAUUUGUGGUGACUAUAGUAAUACCUUAUCAUUUUGAAAGUAGUGCUUUCUCUGCAGUAACCUACAUCAAGGAG